AUGGCUCGCAGACACUGUUUCUCCCACUGGUUACUUUUCUCCUGGCUGGUGCUAACUGUGGCAAAAGGACAAAAAGAGGUAGUCACCCCUCCUGGAGGCUCACAAAAUAACAUAGAUCCUACAGACUGCGAGAUCUUUACACUCACGCCUCCGCCCACCACAAGAAAUCCAGUAACAAGGGUCCAGACCAUCACAAGGACGCCCAAUCGACUUACUCCUCAUCAAUAUUUCCCCAGAAGAAUAUUCCAGAAAGGAAGCUCAUCUGAGGAAAGCAGAGAGAAAAGAGAAGCCCAAACAUACUGA